GUAAAACCACAAAUUUUUCUAUUUAUACAAAUAAUAGGACGGAGAGUAUGAAUAGGGUACUCAAAACCCUAAUAAAAAAACAUUCAAAUUUAACAAAUUUUUUCAAAAAUUUGAAUAUUUGUAUAGAUACCUCAAAUGAGGAAAAGAAUCAUAAUGUGAUUAUGAAUCUUAAAAAAAUAUCUACAAUAAGUUAUCCAGAAAAUAGUGUAAAAUUCAAAUAUCAAAAUAUAUUGACUAAUGCUGCCUUUAAAAGGAUAUUAGAUCAGCUAAAUUUAUCAAUAUCCCAUGAUGAAGGAAAUUCAACUUUAACAGUAUUACCCUCAAAUUGUAGUUGUGGAUAUUUAGAAUCUAUUUUAUUACCAUGUAGGCAUAUUUUUGAAUAUAGAAGAUUGAAUGGUAUAGAUCUGUUUGAUCAAAAUUUAUGUCAUCCAAGAUGGCAGAGAGAUUACUUUAUGAAUUCAAAAAUUUACAUGAUGACUGAUAAAAAUAAAAUACUUACUAAUAAUAUUAAUCAAAAUGAUAUCGAUGGCACUAGAAUUAAUCAUACUAUCAAUGAAAAAAAAAUUCUAUCAUCUGAUGAAAAAUUCAGAAAAGUAAAGGAUAUUAUGCAAAAUAUAUCAUCAUUAUCAUCUCAGAUGAAUCAAAAUGCAUUUAACAAAAUAUAUACAUACUUAAAAUAUGUUUAUAAAGAUCUAUGUCAGCCUACUCCUAAAAUUAUUGAACAAUUUGAACAUGCUAUCAAUAUAUUUAAUCCAACAUCAGGAUUUAAAUUUAAUGACAUGGAUGUUGAACAAAAACCAGAAAAUCCACUGAAACAAGUUAGUGAAGUAGAAAUCAAUUUCAAUAAUAUAAAAAAUAUUGAAAUGCCAGAAAAAAUAAGUCCUGGAUAUUUGAAAAGACGCAAAGAUGCUAAAAAUAUGAGAAAAGUGAAAGUGAUGAAAGAAAAACAAAUAAAUAACAUCAAUAUAAUGGACAAAGAAAAUAAUCACAACUUUAAGCAUUUGAUAGAUAUGAAAGAUACUAGUUUUCCCUCAUCAAUAAAAAUUUUCACAAAUAGUAAACCCUUACAAACUCUUUCUGAAAACACAAAUUCUACCAGUUUAAAUUCAUCAAUGCAAACAUUUAUAGGAUGUGCUAAUGCUAAAAAGCACAUUGCUGGCUCAUCAGAUAAGAAUAUAGUUAUCCAUUCUUGUAAUUAUGAUAGACAAAAAGAUUCUUUUAGGCCUUUAAAUACAAAUCAAUUACAAAAAAAGAUAUUACCAGAGGAUACUUCUGCAAAAACGAACAAUGUACUCCACAGUUCUUUACUACCACAUGGAACUAAUAUUAGGCCAUUAAAUCCUUUUAGGAUUUUACCAAAUAAUAUGCCCAAACUGACAUUAACAUUAAAUAACACCACAAAUGUUCCAACUUCAAAUUUUUCUUUUGUGAAAGUUGGGAAUAUAUCUACAAGCUCAAAUCAAAUUAGAACGCUAUCAUUUUUUAAAUAAAAUAUUUAAUAUUAUUUUUUAUAUAAUCAAUAGUACAAAUAUUAUUUUUUUAUAAAUUAUAUAUCUUAUAAUAAAAAAUGACCUUCAAAAAAUAUUUGUUUUAUUGAGUCACUUCUAAAUAAUGCAAUAAUAAAGAA